GCGACUCUACGUCACAGUCAUUCUUUUGCUUCUAUUGGAAGUAGUUCAUACACUCAUUCUUUUUGCAUAAUUGGCUAUUUGGCCUCGUCAGCUCUAUCUUUAGACAGCUUUGUACCAUAUUGAAGCUCUCUUUCCCGCAUCGAUCCGUCAUUACCAACACCACCGUAUAUUCUCCUCGAAGCAUUACUCUAAGCGAAGAUGCGUUUCUCCAUUGUUGCUGCUGCGCUUGCAGCUGCUCCCGCCGUCGUCUCGGCUGCUGAGAAGGGCAAGAUGGGAUUCGCCCUCGGAACGAAGAUGGGAAGCGGAGCAUGCAAGACCCAGCAGGAUUACUCCGACGACUUCAAGAUGAUCAAGUCGAACUCUGGCUCAACCAUUGUUCGUGGUUACGCUGCCUCGGACUGCGACAUGGCUAAGAACGCCCUCCCGGCUGCCAAGUCAGCCGGCUUCAAGGUUGUUCUAGGUAUCUGGCCCGAUGUCGAGGAGUCCUUCCAGAAGGACCUCAAGGCCAUUACCGACGUUGCCCAGCAAUACACCGAUACGAUCUACGCCGUAACCGUCGGUUCUGAGACCCUCUACCGUGGAAACUUCACUGGUGAGGAGCUCGCCGGCAAGAUCAAGACUGUCAAGGACAAGCUGCCCUCUGGCAUCAAGGUCGGAACUGCAGACUCAUGGAACAAGUUUGCCGACGGAACUGGUGAUGCCAUCAUUGGCACUGCCGACAUCAUCAUGGUUAACGCCUUUGCUUUCUGGCAGGGUGCCAGCCGUGAGAACGCUACUCACGUCUACCUUGACGACAUGUACCAAGCCACCGCCCACAUUGAGAAGGUCGCUGGAGGCCGCUCCAAGGCCCCUGAGAUCUGGAACGGCGAGACCGGCUGGCCCACGGCUGUUGGCACCGACUACGACGCUGCGAAGGGUGGACUGGACAACGCUAAGCACUUCUACCAGCACGGUUUCUGCUCGCUGCUCGACUGGGGUUUCAACGGCUUCUACUUUGAGGCUUUCGACGAACCCUGGAAGCCAGCUUCCAUUGGUGACAAUGGAAAGGCUGCUGACGAGACUGCCUGGGGUGCCAUGACUGCGGACCGCCAGAAGAAGUUCGACCUUAUGUGCUAGAUUUAGACUAGGCGGAGACUGAUCUUGAGGCCUGAGGAUGAGUUGAACAUAGACGACGGGGGACAAGUUGUUGGUAUAGCUUGAUCGUUGCAUAUAAACAAAUUUAGAGUAUAGACGCAUCGCUCCUACAUAUGGAAAGGUUACGACCAGUUCUUUUUGAAUAACUUG